AUGCCCCCUCCUCCGCAGGGGCAGCCAGGGGGUGCUGGGAAGGGCUGGGCAGGCCCACCCUCCUCUGGCAUCCUGCUAGCUGGGUUCCAGCCCUGCGCGCAAGACUCCCUCUACGUCUCCGAGUACUUCUCUCAGAGCGCACAGAAGCUGUCCUUCUACAGCUGGUAUGGGAAUGCCAAGCUCUUCCACUUCCGUGUGCCAGAAGACACCGUGCUGCUUCGCUGGCUCCUGCAAGCGUCCCGGGGGAAAGGACCUGAGUGCACCAGCAUGGAGAUCACAGUGCACUUUCGCUACGGAGCCCCUCCUGUAAUUAAUCCACUGGGGACUCGUUUCCCUGCAAACGCGACCGUCCGUGCUUCCUACAACAUAAGCAUCACCCUGGGCAGCGCUGUGCAAAACACCACCUUUGUGAACAUCACCACCCCUGCUGCCGGAGACUGGUUCAUCGCUGCCCAUCUCCCUGAGGCUGCCAGCAGGAUCGAAGUGAAGGGUUUCUCCACUCCAUGCCCCUAUAUGUUCCAGGCAGAUAUGUUUGUGCUCAGACUCACUGAUAUGCCUGUCCUGGAGCCUAGUGUUGCUAUGCCACAAACCGUCGUCUCGCCUGCUAAGCCACUGCAUGUUAAGGUCUUCGUCCCCAGGCACGCUGCCAGGAUGCAGCUGGAGCUGCGAAGCUGCGUGACAAGUGAGCAGAAAGCGUGCGCUGUGCGCGUGGUGCUGGGCUCCAUCAUGCUGCCCCAGUCCUUCCAGAGGAUCCUCACCUGCACGGGGAACAUAAACUGCAGCCUGGCCCUGGAUUCGCCCCCCUGGGAGAAGUGGCUGCAGAUCAUGGUGGAGAGUCUUGGCCCUGCCAAUGCCAGUGUGUCGGUGGAGAUGCUGGCUUCUUUCACAGCUUGCAGACCAGGAAGUACCAGUUCAUUCCUUAACUUCAGCAGCCUAAACCAGAGCCAAACUGGUCCCAGACCAGGUAGCACAGGAGCAGCAGGGACCUCCACUCUGUCUACCGGAGCGGCUUCACGCAAUGUUUCCGGCCAGAGGAGCGUCUGCGUGCAGAACCAGCCCGUCGUUCGUGAGGACCUGGAUGUGGUGUCCAUACGCUACAGACUCUUGAACGGUCCCAGCGUGCCCGUGAACUCCCUCUCCCCGACGCUCCUCCUCCUCAGCCUGAACACUGGCAUGGACAGCGGGGGUUCCCUCGUCGUCAGUCUCCUGCUUAACAAGACAUCCGUGAACCUGGGCAAUGCCACCGUGGUAGCGUGUGUGAGUGCUGCUUCGCCGGUGCUGUCCCCCGACGCCGUGCAGAACUGCAGCACAGCUUUUUUCCAGGGCUACCCUCUGAGCAUGAGCACCUCCUCUGCAGAAGCGAUGCUGAUUGUCCUGUACCCGCAGACGGAUGACUGGUUCCUCUCCCUGCAGCUCAUCUGCCCGAAGGGCCAGGGUGAAUGUAACGCCGCAGAAGCCAAAGUGACUGUCUUCGCAUACCUCACCCCCUGCUUCAACGACUGUGGGCCGUACGGACAGUGCAGCCUCCUGAGAAGACACGGCUACCUCUAUGCUGGCUGCAGCUGCAAGGCUGGUUGGGGCGGGUGGAGCUGCACGGACAAUACGAAGGCCCAGUCUGUCGCUGCGCAGAACCUGGCCACCCUCCUGCUCACCCUGAGCAACCUCAUGUUCCUGCCAGCCAUAGCGGUUGCUGUUUAUCGCUACUACCUGGUGGAGGCCUCCGUCUACACCUACACCAUGUUCUUUUCCACGUUCUACCAUGCGUGUGACCAGCCAGGCGUCGCGGUGAUGUGCAUCAUGGACUACGACACACUACAGUACUGUGACUUUUUGGGCUCUGUGGUGUCCAUCUGGGUGACGAUCCUGUGCAUGUCCCGGGUGAAGAAGAUCCUGAAAUACGUCCUUUUCGUCUUGGGGACCCUGCUAAUUGCCAUGUCCCUGCAGCUGGACCGCAGAGGGGUGUGGAACAUGAUGGGUCCCUGCCUCUUUGCCCUUGUCAUCAUGAUUGCAGCGUGGGUUUACCACGGAGUGAAGCGCAGACACUGCUACCCCUCGUCAUGGAAGCGCUGGGUUUUCUACCUCCUCCCAGGGAUCACCUUGGCUUUCAUCGCUAUCUCAGUAUAUGCAUUCAUGGAAACCAAUGAAAACUAUUACUACACCCACAGCAUCUGGCACGUGCUGGUGGCUUGCAGCGUUGCUUUCCUGCUUCCUCCUCGGGACAAGCAUAAGAAGCCCUGGGCCUGGUCACAGAAGCUCACUUGUCGCUAUCAGAUCUGUCAGAAUGACCGUGAGGAGCUCUAUGCUGUGACCUGAACUGCUCGGCUCCCAGUCACAGCGGUGGAGGGCUGGUGAGGUUGUUUUUUGCCUGGGCUGCCCCUCCCUCGCACGUCAGCGAUCCUCUUACGUGCUCGUUCAC